UAGCAGCCCAGCAUCCACCUUCUUUGGGUAGCAGUAAACCUUACUAGUUUAGUCGGUGAAACACGGAAGAACACACCGAGUGAUGCCACUGCACCAACCGCAUCCCGCACCAGCGACAACAACCCACGAAUAAACAGUCACUCCAUCAAGAGGGAUAAAAACCGCACGCUUCUGGACAGCAUCUGCCCAUGAAGAUGUCUAACACUGACAUGGUCAUAAACGCCACUGACCGGGUGGUCAAAUCUGUUCCCUUCCCCCUGAGCCACCGGCUCACCAUGAAGGAGGUGUUCGACUGUGAGGGGAAGCCCCGUGUGGACCUGCUGAAGGCCCACCUGACCAAGGAGGGCCGUGUGGAGGAGGCUGUGGCCCUGCGCAUCAUCAACGAGGGCGCCGCCAUCCUGCGGCAGGAGAAGACCAUGCUGGACAUCGAGGCGCCCGUCACAGUGUGUGGCGACAUCCACGGGCAGUUCUUCGACCUGAUGAAGCUGUUCGAAGUUGGCGGCUCCCCUGCAUCUACGCGUUACCUCUUCCUGGGGGACUAUGUGGACCGCGGAUACUUCAGCAUUGAGUGUGUUCUGUACCUCUGGUCCCUGAAAAUCCUCUACCCUAAGACGUUAUUUCUACUGCGGGGAAACCACGAAUGUAGACACUUGACAGAAUAUUUCACUUUCAAACAAGAAUGUAAAAUCAAGUAUUCGGAGCAGGUGUACGACUCAUGCAUGGACGCCUUCGACUGCCUGCCCCUGGCUGCCCUCAUGAACCAGCAGUUCUUGUGUGUCCAUGGCGGCCUCUCACCGGAAAUACACACAUUAGAUGACAUAAAGAAGCUGGAUCGGUUUAAGGAGCCCCCGGCGUUCGGGCCCAUGUGCGACCUGCUGUGGUCAGACCCCCUGGAGGACUUUGGGAAUGAGAAGACCCAGGAGUACUUCUGCCAUAACACCGUGAGGGGCUGCUCUUACUUCUACAGUUACCCGGCUGUAUGCGAAUUUCUACAGAACAAUAACCUAUUAUCAAUCAUCCGGGCACACGAAGCACAAGAUGCUGGUUACAGGAUGUACCGGAAGAGUCAGACCACCGGUUUCCCAUCCUUAAUCACCAUCUUCUCAGCACCCAACUACCUAGAUGUUUACAACAACAAAGCUGCGGUCCUCAAGUAUGAGAACAACGUCAUGAACAUCCGGCAGUUCAACUGCUCCCCACACCCCUACUGGCUGCCCAACUUCAUGGACGUCUUCACCUGGUCGCUGCCCUUCGUCGGAGAGAAAGUGACGGAGAUGCUUGUCAACGUCCUGAGCAUCUGCUCUGAUGAUGAACUCAUGAAUGAUGGCGAUGAGAUCUUUGAUGCCAACGCCGCAGCUGCUCGCAAGGAGGUGAUCAGGAACAAGAUCAGGGCCAUCGGGAAAAUGGCCAAAAUGUUCUCGGUCCUUAGGGAGGAGAGCGAGAACGUGCUGACGCUGAAGGGGCUGACGCCCACUGGUAUGCUUCCCAGCGGCGUGCUGUCUGGGGGCAGGCAGACUCUGCAGAGCGCUACCAUCGAGGCCAUAGAAGCCAUCGAGACGGUUGAGGAUGGAGAAGCCAUCCGCGGGUUCUCUCCACAGCACAAGAUCAGCAGUUUCGAGGAGGCCAAGGGACUGGACCGCAUCAACGAGCGCAUGCCCCCCCGCAGGGACGCCAUCAACAACGUGGGCCACUCCAUGGGCAAGAUGAACAUGGCCGAGUCCAACGGCACGGACGAUAACAGCAAUAUUCAGUGAUCCACCCACCGCCUGCUGUUAGGGACAGAGCUUCAGAAAUACUAUUUCAGGCCUCAGAUGUUCGAACAAAGAAAGAAACAAAAUGACGAACCACAAAAUGACAAAGUACAAAGCAUCUACAUCAGGAGACGUUAAAUUUUAACUUAAUUUGUUGUUUUCUCUUAGAUUCCAGUAACGCCACACGUUUGCUGACCUACAGACACAGUUUCAUUUUGACACCAGAACGUUAGACAGAAACUGAUGUAGUGAAGAUUCCAUAUUUCUUGGGGGAGGGGGACUGAUGAGAUGGGCUGGGAUAGGGGGUGUUUGGGGUAAAGAAAGUGCGACCUUUAUUAUAUAACCGAAGGCCUGCCUGCUGUAUGUACACUGACUGCGGCUGAGAAAGAUGUGGGGUGUUGGGUUCAACGUAUUUAAGCUCUUCUACGUUAAAGUUUGCAUAUAGAUAUAUGUGUAGCUAUGUGUGUAUAAAUAAAUAUAUAUGUUAUAUAUAGAUAUUUAUACAUAUAUACACAUAUAUAUGCAUAUAUACAUAUUAAAAUUUUGAUUAAAGGCUGUAUUCAUAAACAUAAGAUUAUCUUGCUACUGAACAUGUUUUGCUACUAGUAUUCAAAUGAAACUGAAAUAGGUGUUAUUUAUAAAUAAAAGGACAUUUUAAAAUGUGUAAAAUUUCAGGCUAUUUGCAAUACACCCGAAAGUCCUCGUUUUAAUGUAUAAUUUAUGUUCCCUUCUUUUUGUUUCGUUUCGUUCCGGCGGCAUCAGGGCCCCCCGGCGUGGUUUUGGCUGAGAUGGCUCUGCUGUCAUUGCACAGACUCCCUUACUCAUUCCUCGCCUGCCAGUAAACAGAAAGGAAACUAAACUCGGAUGUGUAUUUAGACAGGACAUACCAUUGCAGUAUCAGUAAUAGAAAAACCUGCUACAAUAAUUUGUACAGCAUCUAUAAAACGCAUCUAUGCAUGCGGUCAGAUUCCUUAUCGACACGUGAGACUCUAUUUGUGCUGUGUUUUAAUAUAGUAGGUCUGAAUCAUUUCAAUUAUAUUUGUAAAAAUCUAUUUUAUUAUUUUAUAUAUAGAUACCUAUCUAUAUAUAUCAUUUUUAUUUGUUUAUUUUUAGUUUCUUUUUGAUGAUUUUGCAUUAUAGUUUGAUUUUAUUUUUAUUUAAUUUUCUCCGUUUUGGCUGUACAGGCAGUUAUGCUCUUUUUAAGGUGUGAAGCCUUGUGUUUUAACUGUUAUAUUUAUGUACAGAAGUUGUUCAAUAGUGUGAAUGAAUAUAUUAUUCAGUGAUAAGCAACAUUCAGGCUGCCAAAGCAUGAUCGCAUGGUUUAUUCAAAUGUAAAACAAAUUAGACACUAAUCCCGUGUCUCACUUUUAUUAAUUCUUAAUAAUGCUCUUAUUCGUAUUAAAUUAAGCUUACUGUUAAUUUUUCUUUCACUAUUUUCUGAUCCUCGUUUGGUCUCAAUGUGAUUUUCUUUAAGAAAUGAAUUUCAUGGGAUUUACCUUGUGAUAAUUUUUCUUGUAUUUUUCUCUGGAACUAAGUUUUCACAUAUGACUUCCUACACAACAGAUACACUGUAAGCAUGCCCUAUGGGACUGAUCUCACUUUUUUACUCUUGAAUAAAAUAUGCAUGAGUCA